UGUCGGUGGUGUCUCGCGUAGGUGUACCGUUCCAUCGGGCUUGUCCGAGUCGUUGUCCCUGGUGAUCGGACGACGACGGCCAUUGCCAUCGCCGGUUCCUGGUGCCAUCGUCGGUCGACGCGAUCCGCGUCACCAUUAUGCCACGCUGUCUCAUGGCGAAAAAGUGGAAGUGGAAUCAGUGGCAGGCCCGCGUGGACGAUCAGGCGAACGAGCAGAAGGACGCGACGCCAUCCGGGGCCGCGAGCCCGCAGGAGCAGCAGGCGCAACAUCAUCUGCUGCAUCAGACCGCGGAUGCUAUGGAGAAGCGGUCGCACAGCCGGCAUGAGCCGAUCGAGGACGAGGAAAUCGACGUGGUCGGAGACGUCGAUAACCAUCAGGUCGAUCAUCAGCAGACCUGUUGGGGGCCGCACAGUCCCACGGCGGGGGCUACGGCCCCCAGUCCGCCGCCCCUCAACGCUUCCGGCGCUCUGUACUAUCACGGCUACACGCACGAGGCAUGGAUCAACCACGAGGAGCCGCCCAAGUACGCGACGCUGCGCUCAGCGGCGGAAUUGGCGCGUCCGGUAGCUCCGUCGCCGCCACCCCCGGCUGCGCAGCAGGAGCUACCGGUUCCGGUACUGACCGGGUCGAGUUUGCAUCAAGCGCCGUCGCAUCAAACCACGACAAAUCCAUCGUCAUCGUCGUCGUCGUCUGUCGCGCCCCUGUGCCUGCCACCGCGCAAGAGCCUCUCGAUGUCCUUCACCAGCACCGGCACGGCGUUAUCCUUACCGCCCAAGAAGAAGGACAUCUACCGUCCUUACAGCCUGCAACCGAUCUCGGAGAUACGCACGUCCGCCGAGGAGGACCUGUCGGCCGCGCAGGCCAUCCUGGAUCUCAGCGCGUCGCCCGCCGCGCCCACGCACUCCGUUUUUAUUCACACCCUGUCACCUCCGCCUCCACCGCCGCCGCCGCCGCCGCCGCCGCUGCCGCCGCCGCCCGCGGCCGCAAACGUCGUCGCCCCGAACGCGACCGCGACUGUGCAGCAGCAGCAGCAGCAACAGCAGCAACAGCAGCAGCAGCAGCAGCAACAGUUGCAACCGGCACCGACGGCGGGCACGCAACAACCUAUACCGGUCUCUGUGCUGGUGCCGGUGCCAAGUUCGCAGACCAACCAGCUGCGCCAACAGGAGCAAACGCCGCCGCAGCCGCAGUCGCCAGCAACCGCGGAGGCCACUGGCGGAACCUGCAACGUCGGCAGGGAUAGCACCACCAGCGGCAACAAGACUGUCGCCUACACCUACGAGGCCUUCUUCGUGUCCGAUGGCCGGUCGAAACGUCGCGGCGGCGGCGGCGGCGCCAGCAGCGGCGGUAGCAACGGCGCCGCCGUGCCCGACAAGGAGGCGGCCCAGCCGGACAGGCCCAAGUUCACGUGCACCGAGUGCGGCAAGCAGUACGCCACGUCGUCGAACCUGUCGCGGCACAAGCAGACGCAUCGCAGCCUCGACUCGCAGUCGGCCAAGAAGUGCAUCCACUGCGGCAAGGCUUAUGUCAGCAUGCCCGCCCUGGCGAUGCACGUGCUCACGCACAAGCUCGCCCACAGCUGCGGCGUAUGCGGCAAGAUGUUCUCGCGGCCCUGGCUGCUGCAGGGUCAUCUGCGCAGCCACACCGGCGAGAAGCCGUACGGAUGCGCCCACUGCGGCAAGGCUUUCGCCGACCGCUCGAAUCUGCGGGCGCACAUGCAGACCCACUCGGCCGAUAAAAACUACGAGUGCUCGAGGUGCCACAAGACCUUCGCUCUCAAGUCCUAUCUAAACAAGCAUCUGGAAUCGGCGUGCCUGCGCGACGAGGAGAUGCAGCAACAGCAGCAUGCCGGUAACAGUGCCACGCAGAACACCAAUCGAGGCUUGUAGCAGCGCUUCGAGAAGGGGAACAACGACGCCACGAGGAGCGAGGAAUCGAGAAAAAGCUAGCGGUGCCCCGUGAUCGCCGCUUGAUCGCGAAGAGGCACGAGGAUACGAAGAGCAAGGGAGGAGAUAUAAGGUUUGCCGUAGAUUUUAAGUAGAAAAGUGCCAGUAGAGACAGAAUUGAGAGUUAGAAAGAAAGAGAGAGAGAGAGAGAGAAAGCAAAGAUGGAAAAGAAAGGAUGAUGUGAGUAGAGAGUUAGAUUGGAACGAAAGGGAGCAAGAGAGAGGGAGAGCGUGAGUUUAUUAAUAAUGUCUAACAUUAAUAAAAACGUCCAGUAAUGUUAAGUCGUAAAAGAAAAAAAAAACACGUCGAACGAUGACGUCCACACUGCAGAGUCUAGUCACUCUAGUCGAUUAUAUACCUAUUACAUUAUGAUAUUAUAUUAUUAUAUAUAUAUUAUAGUAUAUAUAUAUAUAUAUAUUUACUAGCGCGUACGAUAGUCCGCGAACUCGUUACGAAGACAUUAUUUAUUAAUACUUAGCUGCCUAAAUUUAAAAAAAAAAAAAGGAAAA